AUAAUGACUUAAAUGCACAUACGUCAAUCGUUUCGUGGGGAUCAAAUUACAGCAAUUUUUUCUGAUACAGCCUCCGAUAAAAUCAGCUCUCGCCAGUUACAAAGUGCUGGUGGAGACACUUCCGGAAUAGAACACGCGUGAGCUGAUCCGCUCCGUUAUACAGAGGCAAGUUGUUUAACCAUCGCAGCACUUAAUACAAAGAGCCACGAUGGCCUACCUUGAAAUCCUGUGCGCCGUCAUAGCGUUACUUCUGGCUUUCUGUUACUAUUCGACAUCAGCGUACAAUUUUUGGAAGAAUCGGGGAAUUCCAGGACCGAGACCGGUGUUCUUCUUUGGGAACAGCAUGGAUAUCUUAUUCUCGCGACUUUCGACGCCGGAAUAUCUGCACAAGUUGCAUCAGGAAUUCAAAAGCGAGUCAAUGAUCGGCCUGUACAUGAGAAGAUCGGCGAUUCUUGUUAUAAAAGAUCCGGAACUAAUCAGGGACAUUUUGGUCAGGGAUUUCUCGACGUUCUCCGAACGAGGAUUUAUCGUUUACGAAAGAACUGAGCCGCUGUCGGCGCACAUUAUCAAUCUGGAUGUAGAAAGAUGGCGCCCGCUGAGGACGAACCUUCAUCCCUUGUUCACAGUGGUCAAGAUCAAAAGCAUGUUCGGCCUGAUCCUCGAGUGUGCGGAUCAACUCGAGAAAUACGUAGAACAACUGGUCGCGAGGGACGAGCCGAUCGAAUUCUCCGAGGUAUCGGCCAAAUUCACGACCGACGUGAUCGCUUCAUGUGUGUUCGGGAUCGACGCGAACUCGAUGUCCGACGAGAGCAGCGAGUUCCGUCGAAUCGGUAAACUGGUCUUCGACAUGAAGGAAUUCGAAAAUGCGGUGCGGUUAAGAAUGCGGCUGUAUGCACGAAAACUGUACGAGCUGUUGGGUUACAUGAUGCCCGAGAAACGAUUCACUGCGUUCUUUACCAAGAUUGUCGUUGACGCUAUGAAGUAUAGGAAAGAUCAUAACAUACACAGGCCGGACUUCAUCCAAAUGCUAAUGGAGCUGAAGGAACAUCCAGAGAAAAUGGGCGACAUUAAAUUAACAGACAAUUUGUUGGCGGCACAAGCUUUCGGUUUCUUCGUUGCCGGUUUCGAGAGCUCAUCGACGACAAUGACCCACGCCCUCUACGAACUUGCUCUGAAUCCCGAUAUUCAAGACAAGUUGCGUCAAGAGAUCAACGAGCACUUCGCGAAGUACAGUGGGGAGUUUAAAUACGAAAAUAUAAAAGACAUGAAGUACUUGGACAAAGUGUACAAAGAGACGUUAAGGAAAUAUCCAACAAUCGGUGCGCUGCCACGAAGAGCUGUUCGUCCAUAUACUUUCAGAGACACAAAGCUCACUAUACCGAGGCGUUUAAUGGUAUGGAUUCCUAUAUUGGCGAUACAUCGUGAUCCCGACAUUUAUCCAAAUCCCGACGAAUUCAAUCCCGAGAGAUUCAGUAAGGAAGCCAUCGAAGCUCGACAUCCGAUGACUUAUUUGCCAUUUGGUGGAGGACCAAGAAAUUGCAUCGCUGGACGUUUUGCCGAUUGUGAAACCAAAGUGGGUCUGGUCACGAUCCUUCGAAAGUAUAAAGUGGAAGCUUGCGAAAAAACCAUGAUCCCUCAUGAAUUUGAACCGACUGGGUUCCUGCUUGGUCCAAAAGGAGGAGUAUAUUUAAGACUUACGAAAUUAGAAGCAUACAAGUUGUUUAAACCAUCGCAAUACUUAAUACAAAGAGCCACGAUGGCCUACCUUGAAAUCUUGUGCGUCAUGGCGUUACUUCUGGCUUUCUAUUACUAUUCGACAUCAGCGUUUAGUUUUUGGAAGAAUCGCGGAAUUUCGGGUCCAAAGCCGGUGUUCUUUUUUGGAAACAGCAUGGACAUCUUAUUCUCGCGACAUUCGACGGCGGACUAUCUGUACAAAAUAUAUCAGGAAUUCAAAAGCGUGUCAAUGUUCGGGCUAUACAUGAGAAGAUCGGCGAUCCUUGUUCUAAAUGAUCCAGAAUUAAUCAAGGAUGUUCUGGUCAAGGAUUUCUCGACGUUCUCCGACCGAGGACUGAUCGUUUACGAAAGAACAGAGCCGCUUUCGACGCAGAUUAUCAGCCUGGAUCCAGAAAGAUGGCGCCCGCUGAGGACACACCUACAUCCCCUGUUCUCAGUGGCCAAGAUCAAAAGCAUGUUCGGCCUGGUCCUCGAGUGCGCGGAUCAACUCGAGAAAUACGUAGACCAACUGGUCGCGAGGGACGAGCCGAUCGAAUUCUCCGAGGUAUCGGCCAAAUUCACGACCGACGUGAUCGCUUCAUGUGUGUUCGGGAUCGACGCGAACUCGAUGUCCGACGAGAGCAGCGAGUUCCGUCGAAUCGGUAAACUGGUCUUCGAUCUAAAGGAAUUCGAAAAUGCAGUGCGGUUAAGAAUGCGGCUGUAUGCACGAAAACUGUACGAGCUGUUGGGUUACAUUGUGCCCGAGAAACGAUUCACUGCGUUCUUCACCAGGAUCGUUCUUGACUCUAUGAGGUACAGGAAAGAGCAUAAUAUCCACAGGCCGGACUUCAUCCAAAUGCUAAUGGAGCUGAAGGAACAUCCAGAGAAAAUGGGCGACAAUAAAAUAACAGACAAUUUGUUGGCGGCACAAGCUUUCGGUUUCUUCGUUGCCGGUUUUGAGACCUCAUCGACGACAAUGACUAACUCCCUCUACGAACUUGCCCUGAAUCCCGAUAUUCAAGACAAGUUGCGUCAAGAGAUCGACGAACACUUCGCGAAGAACGAUGGGGAGUUUAAAUACGAAAAUAUGAAAGACAUGAAGUAUUUGGACAAAGUGUACAAAGAGACGUUAAGGAAAUAUCCACCAAUCGGUGUGCUGCCACGAAGAGCUCUUCGUCCUUAUACUUUCAGAAACACAAAGCUCACUAUACCGAAGCGUUUAAUGGUAUGGAUUCCUACACUGGCGAUACAUCGUGAUCCCGACAUUUAUCCAAAUCCCGACGAAUUCAAUCCCGAGAGAUUCAGUAAGGAAGCCAUCGAAGCUCGACAUCCGAUGACUUAUUUGCCAUUUGGUGGAGGACCAAGAAAUUGCAUCGGUGGACGUUUUGCCGACUGUCAAACCAAAGUGGGUCUGGUCAAGAUUCUUCGAAAGUAUAAAGUGAACAGUUGCGAGAAAACCAUGAUCCCUUAUGAAUUUGAACCGACUGGGUUCACGCUUUGUCCAAAAGGAGGAAUAUAUUUAGGAUUAUCGAAAUUGCAAGCAUAAUGUGGUCGCGUCUUCAAAAAAAAAAAAAAAAGCUUCGAUACUUUAAAAU